AUGGAUAUGGGGGAAAAUGGUGCAGACAAGAGGUCAGAGGUCAGCACCAUCUCCUACUCUGGAUGCGCAGCACAGCUAUUUCUGUAUGUCUUCUUCAUUGGAACAGAGUUUUCUCUCCUGACUGUCAUGUGCUACGACCGCUAUGUGUCCAUCUGCAAACCCCUGCACUACGGGACCCUCCUGGGCGAGCAGGGACGCCACAAAGCCUUUUCCACCUGCCUCUCUCACCUGACUGUGGUCUCCCUGUUUUGUCCGUUCUGUACUUAG